AUGAUAGAAUCUAAUAAAACACAAAUACAAGCUGCACAAGCAAGAAUAGAAGCAGCAGAGAAGGAAUUACUCGUUGAACAAGCAAAAAUACAAGCUGAACAAGCAAAAAUACAAACUGAACAAGCAAAAAUACAAACUGAACAAGCAAAAAUACAAACUAAACAAGCAAAAAUACAAGCUGCACAUGCAAGAGAAAGCGCAGCAGAAAAAGAAUUACUUGUUCUAGAAGGAAAAAGAGCCUCAGUGCAUGACAAACGAGCAAGAGACAACGAAGAGUACAAUGAUACAAAACGCAUAAAAACAACAUACGAAGGAAGUCCUUGUUCAUCUACUUCUAUAUGUAGUUCAUCAAUGAGCCAUCGUAAUUCUUACAAGUCGUUUGUAAAAGAUGGUAUUAAGUCAUUCAAUAUUGAAGAUGUAAUAAAUAAUUAUGAUGGUGUUAAUGAAGAAAUGAUAAAAUUUAUUAAAUCUGAUUUGAGUGAAUGCGAAUCAAAUAAUAUAAACGAACGUGGCGUUCAAAACAUAUUUAAUGAUUUAAUGCCUAAAUUUUUGUCUCAAUUUAUUAAUUCAACAUCGUUGAAAUAUUUAAACAAAUCUGAAAUACAAUGUUCACGUGGUUAUAAACCUGAUUGUGCUUUUAUAUUCAAAAAUGUUAAUAUUAAUACGUCAAAACAACAUGAAGUUUUAGAAGAUUUUAUCAUUUGCCUUGGUGAAUUCAAAAAACCAACAUCGCCUAUUCAUAAUACAUCCAAAGCUGACAAUUUGUUUCGUUAUAUGAAUGCUACAUUAGACGCACAACAACGUGAAAAAAUUUAUGGUUUUAUAACAAAUAUUAACACAAUAAAAUUUUUUUAUGCUGAAAAGAAAAAUAAUCAAGAUACUGUUUAUUAUGAAAGUCAAAUCUUAGUGUUAUGUAACUUACCUAAAAUAUCAGUAUCAUCAUCAGUAACAGGAUCAUCUGUUAGAGAAAAACAAACAAUUGAAAAAUUUAAUUUUAAUGAUGAAACAGUUAAAUUAUUUACAAAAUUUUUCAUAAUGGAUCCGAAUUUUUAUCAAUAUACAAGAUUAAAUAUUAAUCCUAAUGAUUAUUUACAUGAUGAUAUAUUUUAUAUUACAAUGAAAUCAGGAUUUGGUGCAACUUCAAUCGUUUAUUUAUUAGAAAAUAUUAAAAAUAAUAAAGGUGCAGUAUUAAAAAUUUCUAAACAUGAUGAUUAUUCUGUUUAUUUUCAAAAUGAAGUUCAAAUAUUAAAAAAAUUAAAAAAAUUCAAUAUUUUAAAUAAAUUUGAUUUAUUUUUUGAAAAUAUUAUUGAUUCAUCAUCUUCAGGUAAGAUUUGUUUAUUAAAACAAAUUUUUUUUUAAUGUUUUCAAUAAUUGGAAUUACUUAUUAAAAAAUGAGAUUGAUAAAAUUUUGUUUGAUUUUUAGAGAAUAUUAAAAAAAAAUAUAAGGGAAUAGAAGAUUUAAUCAAAAACUGAUUUUAUAGAAAUUAUUAUUUUUUUUUUU